AUGCGCGCCAACACCACCCAGAAAGCCUACGACGAGGCUUUCUUGGCUUGCUCGACCGCAGUGUACUUUGAGAGCCAGAACAACGAGCCAGAAGCAUUGCGAUCCUGGAAGACAGCCCUCGACCAUAUCAAUUACCAUAAUUCUCGUCGCAACCCCUCGACGUACCGCCCCACAUCCGAAACAGAGAGAGCGCUCAUCGAAUCGCUACGUCAGCUGGAACUACAGUGCAAGGAGCGCGUAGAUCUUCUGGAAGCCUUGAAAAGGAGCCGGGAGGAUUCGAGAGAAAGCUUGACCUCAGUGUCGUCUGACACGAAUACGCCAGUUGCACCAUCUUAUGGAGCGUCUCAAUCACCAAAUGGAGCGAACCCGUCUUCUUCGUGGCUUGGGGGUGGUUCUAUACCGCCGUUGGAUUAUACCGAUCUCUCACGACCACCGCUACCUUUGCGCCCCGCAAUGGUGCCUCGCAAAAGCUCCGGGAAUGGGUCAGCACGAGAAAACAAUCUAUCGCAGACUCGGAGCGCAUCGAAUUUGUCUCCAGGGCCUGUAGGCGAGAACAAAGCGCGUACACCAUCCCCAGAGAAAAGCGGUAGAUUGUUGCGGACACUGAGACCUGGAAGGGAGGGCAAAUCAUCAUCUGGAAAGAUGCCUAACUCGUUGAGGAGCCGCCCUGAUGCUUCAAAGGCAGCUACUCAAGCAUGGACUGUCAGAACUGCAUCAGCUUCGAGCCGCCCUGUUCUGGGCCCGUCAAACCCGUCAACUUCUUCAACGGUUGCUUCAGUACGCUCAUCAACAGAUAAGCCAGCUGCUGAGAGGCCAGGCGUAUCCUCAAGUAUUCAGUCGCAACUGCCAUUGGGAAGCACAGCAUUGCCUUCGUACCGAAACGAAUAUCCUAAAAAUACGCCUGAUCCGCGAAAUCUUGCUGCAUCCGCAGCUGCACACUCAUACGGCGACUGCGGUGUUGAGAGAGGAGGCGGAAAGGGGAGUGUCAUGUGGGAUCCAACCACACGACGACUAGUGCCGAAACCUACGAAUAACACCACGCGCACACGAAGUGAUCCUGAGCAAGACGAUCCGCCUGAAUCUAUAGCAGUCGAGGUUGACGGGAACAUUGCAAAACAGAGACGGUCUCCGGUACAGAAGGUCAGAGCUAGAGAAAACUCGAUUCGCGCAGAGCUACCUGAUACUCCAAGCACAGACAGUACCGAGGGCGAUGAAGAACUAGAAGAGAUGGAUGACUGGAAACGGCGAACAGAAGAAAUCAUGAAGAAUCUUCCGCGGGGUGUCGACAAGCAAGCCGCGCAGCAAAUCCUGAACGAGAUUGUGAUACAAGGAGACGAAGUACACUGGGACGAUGUAUCGGGAUUGGAGGUGGCAAAAUCAGCGUUAAAGGAAACAGUGGUUUACCCGUUUUUGAGGCCGGAUCUGUUCAUGGGCUUGCGAGAGCCAGCACGCGGCAUGCUUCUUUUUGGACCUCCGGGAACCGGAAAGACAAUGUUGGCAAGAGCCGUGGCAACCGAGUCAAAGUCGACAUUUUUCGCCAUUUCUGCAAGCAGUCUAACAUCGAAAUUUCUGGGCGAAUCAGAGAAACUUGUCCGUGCGCUAUUCCAGUUGGCUAAGAUGCUUGCACCAUCAAUCAUCUUUGUUGACGAAAUUGAUUCACUACUUUCGUCACGGUCCAGCUCUGGGGAACACGAAGCAACACGUCGCAUAAAGACUGAAUUUCUCAUCCAGUGGUCUGAUCUACAAAAGGCAGCUGCUGGAAGUGCAGUGACUGAACGGGAGAAGGAGAAAGGCGAUGCUAGUAGAGUGCUUGUGCUGGCUGCAACGAAUCUCCCAUGGGCUAUUGACGAAGCAGCAAGACGCAGAUUUGUAAGACGACAAUACAUUCCACUGCCAGAGGACUGGGUUAGGAAGCAGCAGAUCAAGACACUGCUGAGUCAUCAGAAACAUGAGCUUAGUGACGAGGACCUCGAUCGUUUGGUAGAGCUUACUGAAGGCUUCUCUGGGUCUGAUAUCACAGCACUUGCCAAAGACGCCGCCAUGGGUCCUUUACGCUCACUAGGGGAAAAAUUACUUUCCAUGACUAUGGAUCAGAUACGGCCAAUACAAUACCGAGACUUUGAGGCUAGUCUUCAGACCAUCCGACCGUCUGUAAGUAAACAGGGACUGAAGGAAUUCGAAGAUUGGGCUGCCCAGUAUGGUGAGCGCGGAGGUUAA